UUAGCCUAAUCCAGAUUCCAGCGCUAAUUACUUCUCUCUCCCUCUCUCUUUCUCUCUCUUCCCGACAAAUAACGAUUCAAUCUGCUCCCGCCUUCCGCUCUCACCUGUUCGACGAAAUGCCGAGCUAACCCAGGUGGUAGCGAUGAAGCUUUCACUCUGGCUCCGCCUCCCCUUCUCCCUCCUCCCACUCCUCGCCAUUCUCGUCCUCCUCAGCUGCCGCGCUACCAUCCGCCGGACCAUCACCUCUCCGGCCAACUAUGCCACCGCCGUCACCCCAUCUUCAUCUAAUCCUUCUCUCCUCCGCCUCGCUUCAGAUGACCCUUACUCCGAAACCGUGGUGAGGAGCGACGUCGAUGCUCUUCUUUCCGGAAAGCUCCCAUCCUCCUACCCUCGCGCUCCAUUCGUUUGGCGCAGAAGCGCCGCCGAGCUCAAUCGUCCGGAGGUCCGGCGAUCCAUCCUCAACUGGUGGGGAAACCGCCUAUUCCAACCGGAGAUCAUGUCGAAUCUCACCGAUCUCGUAAAAACCCCCCUUGACCACCACGCCGGCCAGUCAAACCCAAACCAUCGAUACGCCUCCUGCGCCGUCGUCGGAAAUAGCGGUAUCCUCCUCAAAUCCAAUCACGGCGACCUCAUCGACGGCCAUGAUCUCGUGAUCCGGCUCAACAACGCCCGCGUCCACGGCUACCACCGCAACGUCGGCUCCAAAACUAACCUCUCCUUCAUCAACAGCAACAUUCUCCAUCUAUGCGCGAGCAGAGAAGGCUGCUUCUGCCAUCCAUACGGUGAAGACGUCCCCAUCAUCAUCUACAUAUGCCAGGCCGUCCAUUUCCUCGACUACGCCGUCUGCAAUUCCUCCCAUAAAGCUCCAUUGUUGAUCACCGACAUCAGAUUCGAUAUGCUCUGCAACAGAAUCGUCAAGUACUAUUCUCUCAAGAGGUUCACCAACUUGACGGGCAAAUCAAUGGAGGAUUGGUCGAAAUUCCACGAUGAGAAGAUGUUUCAUUACUCGUCGGGAUUUCAGGCGGUGAUGUUGGCGUUGGGGAUUUGCGAUCGAGUUAGCGUUUUCGGAUUUGGAAAAUCGGCAGAUUCGAAGCAUCAUUACCAUACAAAUCAAAAGGAGGAGCUUGAUUUGCAUGACUAUGAAGCAGAGUAUGAAUUUUACAGAGAUCUGGUGGAGAGGCCAAAGGUGAUACCUUUCCUUCAGGAUUCUGGGUUUAGUGUUCCUCCUCUUGUUUUCUACCGUUAGAUUUUGAUUCAAUUGAAUCUCUUAAGCUUUUUUAUCUCCUUCCAUUGUGGAACAGAAUUUACAGCUAAAGAAAAACUUGCAACUGUAAAAUUAUUCCAAAGGUCUGAUUUUUUUUCUCUGUAAUUCAAGUUGUCUUUGAAGCUGUAGCAAAAGCAUUUGUAAAAUUUGGCUAAUUUACAGAUGA